AUGGGCACUGUCUUACCUUAUGGACAGCUGGUCCGGUCUGCGGCCCGGACCCAAGUCGCAUAUAUCCCUCGACGAACAUUGACUUCAACCCCAAUUCGUUAUGCCGAAGAGGACAAGCCUGCCAAACAGAACAACUCAAUUUUCUCCUCGAUGAAAAGCUGGGUUAUGGGUGGAAAGUCGGACGCAAAGCCCAAGGUCACCCGCACACCAAAAGCCCCUUCUCGUGAGCAAGGUGCGCUAGGAAACACCUCUAUCUUCGCAGACGAAGCCGCCAGUCCAUCUGGUCCAUCUCCCACACGCAAGAAGGACAAGAUGCAAAAAGAACCGGCUACAGAGGGCCAGGCGCCUCUGAGCGAGCGACCCAAGGAAAAUCUACAAAUGCGUCUGAACCCCAACCCGCAAGCACAGCUCCGAUGGGAGAAGAAGAUGGUCAUUCGUGAAAUCCGGAAUCGCGGCCGUAUCCCCAAGGAGAUUCAAAUUAAGCGUACCGAGCGCGAAUCGCUUGCCAAGUCACACUGGUUCAAGACAUCCAUCAAGAAGCUUGGCCCCCUCGCUCGCCAAAUUGCGGGCAAGAAUAUCGAUGAGGCUAUCUUGCAGAUGCGCUUCAGCAAGAAGAAGGCCGCGCAGGAUGUGCUUGGCCACCUGGAGCAUGCAAAGAAUGUCGCCAUGGCUCGUGCCGGCAUGGGUCUAUCAGCGAAGGAAGAUGCGCUCCCCAAGCCCAUCACCGUCACAUUAAAAGAUGGCGAACGCAAGAUCAUUAACGAUCCCACAAACAUCUAUAUUGAGGAAGCAUGGGUGAACCGUGGUCCAUAUGGAUUUGGUCUCGACCACCGUGCCCGUGGUCAAAUCAAUCGCUUGCGUCCCCCAGCUACUGGUCUUUCUGUUGUUUUGAAAGAGGAGAAGACUCGUAUUCGUGAAUGGAAGGACCGGGAAGCUAAGGCCCAGCGUCAGCGAAAGGAGCAGCUCUGGACCCAAUUGCCAGACCGAAAGAUCUCUGCUCAAAAUCAAUACUAUAGCUGGUAA